ACUCGCCCUCCUGCGAUGUGGACCGGCCAGGCCCCGGCAAGCGACGAUUUAACGCCCUUUCCUGCGCGGGGCUGGGUCCGGUUGCCUAGUGAGAGCGACGCUACUCAGCUGCCCCUCAGCAGGGACAAAAUGGCGGCGGGAGGCGGGAGCGGAGUCAGGCGAGGCGUGGGGUGCGGUUCAGCUGGGGUGCGGAAAUCCCACAGGAUCCUGCCCCAUUCUGCAAUGCCAAAGAAGACUUUGAUGCAUGGAGACUUCCUGGCUAAGGAGGAGGAGUACAAGCGACUGAAUGCAGAAUUAGAGGCAAAAACAGCAGAGUUGGUGCGUCAGGCUGAAGAAGUAAUAAGAGAUCAACAAGAGAUACUAUCAAUACCAGUUUCAACACAGGUUAAAUUGUGUGAAGAUGAUGACAAGCAACUGAGAGAUGGGCUUUCUCCUGAACUGCCAAUCCUUACACUUUCGCAUAUUAAGCAACCAAAUAAGAAAUCUGGUUCCAUGUCUACAGCUCAGAACAGACCACACUCUGGCAGUAAGGGAAAGAGAACAACUUCAAGUGCAAAACUAAGAAGCAUUGAUAUACAAGCUGCUGAUGAUGUUGCCGUCCUGGAGGACUUCACAGAUUUUUCUCUUGCAAAGGCAAUUACCAAAAUUGAAGGAAAACUGGAGGAAGGAGACUUGCUUGAAAGUCUAAAUGAUGAUAUUAUUCCAAGUGUAGGAAAUGAAAUUGGAACAGAAGCCCAGAUCAGAUUUCUUAAGGCAAAGCUGCGUGUUAUGCAGGAGGAGCUGGAUACUAUAGUACGUGAAUGUAGUAAAAAGGAUGAUGAGAAUCGGAAUUUAAACUCUCGUGUUAAAGAAACUGAGGAAGAAAGUGCUAGACUCCAGCGAACAAUCAGUACUCAACAGUUUCAAAUUGAAAAGUACAAAAUGCUGUCAGAGGAAGCUAACAGGAAAAAUGAAGGAUUACAUCAACAGCUCACUGCAGUAGAAAAGGAACUAGAGAAUCUAAAGCGCAUACAAAAGCAGGCUUCUACCAGUCAGAGUGCCACAGAAGUUCGCUUAAAUAGGGCUCUUGAGGAAGCAGAAAGGUAUAAAAUGGAGCUGAAUAAAUUGAAGCAAAGCAAUAAGGACAUAGCCAACCAAGAGCACAAAAAACUGGAAGAACUAAAAAUAGCAAACAAGAGACUGGAGAAGCAAAAAGGAGAGCUAAUGACAGGUUUCAAGAAACAGUUAAAGUUAAUUGACAUUCUGAAGAGACAAAAGAUGCAUAUUGAAGCUGCUAAAAUGCUCUCUUUCACUGAAGAAGAGUUUAUGAAAGCUCUUGAGUGGGGAAAUUCCUGAUGCCGUGUUCAAUGCCUCUGUUUGAAAAUCAGUUCUGAUUGUAUGCUGUUUUAAAAGUAUUAAUACUUACCACAUAUGUCCAAAUAGAUAAUUUUAAUCAAUUUUACCAGGAUUAAUUUUAGUUUAAAAGUUAUAAUAGGAUAAACAUUUUAAUGUUUGAUUGUAAAUAGUUUUGUGUUGCAAUAUACUUUGAAAUGUUAUUCACCGAACAAUGUAGCAAAGUGACUAAAUGCUCUAUAUUCUCACUGACUGUAAUGGGUUAGGCAAGCAGUAGGGAGAGAAGAACACAUUGUAUAAACAUCUGUUUUGGUUACCAAUUUUCUGUUUUCAUACUGAUUGUUUGAAACUGUAGUUGAGAUAAGAUGAAAAAUACUGCUGUCCAAAUAAAAGGUAAUGUUUAUAUA